AUGGCGUCUGCAGUCGCAGACUUGGAAGCGGGCCUCCAGGCCAUGCUCAACUUGAAGCCUCCAGGUGUAUCCGGAUCUCGUAUCACUAGCCUCACGGCUCUCUGCGUGGCCAACAUCCAGUCCGAGUCCGUUCUCAUCCAGAAGCUCUUCACACACUUCAAGAAAGUCCCAGGAACGCACAAGUUGGGGGUUCUCUACGUCGUAGACUCUGUAACCCGCAAGUGGCUUGAACAAGCAAAGGCUCAGGGUCAGCCCAUAAACAGCUCUGCCCAGGACGGCACGUAUGCUGCUGCUAUUCGCCGAGUAACGGAACUGAUGCCUGUGUUGAUGACUGACAUUACUCAGUCCGCCCCCGAGGAUCAAAAGGAAAAGAUCAAGAAACUCAUUGAUAUCUGGGAAAAGGGCCAGACCUUUCCCGCCCCCAUGAUAGAAUCAUUUAGGGAGAAGGUCAAUGCUCCCUCGCCACCAAGUACCCCGCCUCCUGGUCUGGCAGCGUCAUUCUUGAACCAGGCGCAGAGCAAGCCUGCUGCACCCAAUGGUUCGUCCAUCUUGGAAGCCCUGGCUAAUAUUGCUCGACAAAACACCUCGGCGGCACCGAGCAACCCGUCUCUGCCGGCUCCCGCGGUGUCGUAUAGCAUGCCUCCUGCUGCCUCUACCGCCCCAGUGCCGGCCCUCGCUUCUUCGAUGCCGCAGCAGCCACAUCAGCCGUAUCUCCCAGCUGCGCAGCCCGUAAACGUGUCAUCUCUCCCCCUCUCGUUGACUCAGAUGCUUGGUCAGAAUGCUAUGCCAGCGAUGCCAGCGGCUGCGAGCAACCCAGCCAACCCAUAUGCGGCAGCGCCUGCAGCGCCUCCCGUUCCCGGUGCUGGCGGUGCUGGUCUAGAUCCGAACGUACAGCAGCAGAUUAUGCUGAUCAAGGCCCUUGCCGACCAAGGCGUUCCCUUUGACAAGAUUCCUGCCCUCAUCCAGAGCAUGACUGCCGCUGCCGCUGCCACUGGCAGCUUUCCUGCGACGCAACCUCCCGCCCCUAUCCCCGCCGCUCAAGGCACCUUUCCACCGGCCCAACAGCCAUGGGCCACGGCUGCCCCGGGCCCGGCACCGGACCAAGGCUAUCAGGACAGUGUGAGAUCUCCUAGGUAUCGCAACCGCUCCCGUUCGAGGUCGCCUGAACGGGGCUGGAACGCUCGUGGCUCUCCACGCGGAGGACGUGAGUAUGGACGCAACUCGCCCCCCAGAGGACGUAUGGAUGAUCGCGAUCGCAACGGACGAGCAGGCAAUGAUUACCGCCAGCGCAGCCCUCGCGGACGCCACGGGCGAAGCCACUCACCCUCCAUGGAACUUCAGCAGGAGAAGUGGGUUGAAUUCGACCCGACGCUCCCAGCCGGCCACAUCAAGGUCCUGAGCCGCACUCUGUUUGUAGGAGGCGUCACAUGCUCUGAAGCCGAGUUGCGAAGCAUCUUUGGUCGGUACGGUACUGUUCAGACAUGCAUUGUGAACAAGGAUAAACGCCAUGCGUUUGUCAAGAUGUUGACCCGUCAGGAUGCCGUUGCCGCAAAGGAGGCUAUGGAAGAUGCCAGGAAUCUUGAAUAUCCCCUUCGGACUCGAUGGGGUGUGGGCUUUGGCCCCCGGGACUGCAGCGAUUAUUCCACGGGUAUCAGUGUGAUCCCCAUUCACAAGCUCACCGACGCCGACCGCAAGUGGAUGCUCACGGCUCCGUACGGUGGAAGCGGAGGACGGCCUAUUGAGACGGGCAUGUGCGUCGAGGAGCCCGACAUUGAGAUUGGCGCCGGCGUCUCGUCCAAGGCCAUCAGCCGCCGCAUGCAGACGGACAAGGGCGGCAGCAACGGCCCCAAGUCUACUCGCCACCGCGAGGACGACGGCGGCGGCCGCUGGCGUCGAGGCCGCGAUGACGGCCCCAGCCAUGUGGAUCUCGACAACCCGCAGCAGAACGGCAUGGGCGGCUUCCCCUUUGGCAUCGGCACCCUUCCGAACGGCAUGCCCAACUUUCCGCAGGGCUUUCGGUUUCCGGACCCCAACACUGCCGGAAGGACUUGA